UUCUUCAACUGUACUCUUUCUCCCAUGAUCGUGUUCUCCAAAACUAGGGUUAGGGUUAGGCCAAGGCACUGCCACGAUACCUAACUCCACCCACCGAUUCCACCUCCCAUGGCCAUCCUCGGCGACGCUCUCCGCCAGGCUUUUAUGCCGAAACGCGAGUACGACUCCCUUCGCGACGAGGAUAAGGCCUGGGUCCGUCUCCAGCGGCCAAUGGUAGCAGCACUGACCGGUGCUAUCGCCUUUUCUAGCGUCAUCGCUGUCUCCGUUAGCCUCAGCAUCGUCUUUCCCCGGGAUGUGAAUCGGCGGCCCUUCUGUAAGCAUAGGAGGAUCCAGGCGCUGCCCGUAAAUGCCACGCAGGAGCCUGAUCUUUACGGGUACCAUGGCGCGUUCUAUUUGACGGAUGAGGAGGCCGCGGAUUACUAUUGGAUGGUUGUUUUCGUGCCUUCGGCGAUUGUCUUUUUGGCAUCGGCUUUGUAUCUCUUGGCAGGGAUGAUUGUGGCAUAUUAUGCUCCAAGAAGGCACCCAUUCCUUAAGGUGGUUGAAAACAAUUAUUGUGCAUCGAAAAGAGGUGGGGUACGCUGCCUGUCAAUUCUCAAUGUCGUGUUUGCUGUUAUCUUCGGUCUAAUGGCACUGUUUCUUGGAUCAAGCAUCCUCACACUGGGGAGCAGCUGUUCAAUCCCUCUGUUCUGGUGCUACGAGAUUGCCUCUUGGGGUCUAGUGAUGAUGUAUGGUGGAACUGCCUUCUUUCUGCGAAGAAAAGCUGCUGCCAUCCUUGAUGAGACUGAUUUUGCUGGCCGAAAUCUUGGUUUGGAGAUGUCUGAAUCUGCCCUAGAAGUGACACCGGAUAUGGAGAGGCGUGUGACUGAAGGAUUCAAAGCAUGGAUGGGUUCUUCUCUUCUUUCUUCUGAUGAAGAAGAUGGGCCUGAUGACUACAUCGAGGAGGGUCGUCCUUUGAUGACAAACUAACCGCAAAAGACUAAUUUGAUCAUCAUGUUCUUUUGUGUAAAGAUUUUCUUAUCUAGUGACUGAGAAUGUAUAUAUGACAUCGAAGUAGUUUGGAAAUGCACCUGUGGAUUAAGUGUUAAAAAUCAA